UGAGAAUCGUUGCAUGUUUGCCUGCAGUCGGCGCUUCAUACCUCAACGACACCCACCCAUUCCACAUCUUGCCAAUUGUUUCUCCUACUCGCCGUAAGAUGAUUUCUCAGGCAUCUCCCUCAUGAAGCCAUCCAUUCCUUGAGGCUCUAGCAAGAGUCAAUCAACCUUGUACAUCUAUUUCCUUCAAGCGCUCUCCCACAUCCUCCUUCUUUAGCCGACCCAAAUUUCAGAAUGGACGAAGCAAUCGCCACAGUCGCCGCCGUCACAGGCUCGACGCCAGAAAUUGCCGCCCAGUAUGUCCAACUUGCUGAUGGGGACCCCAAUCAGGCCGUGCAACUGUUCUUCGAAAAUGGUGGCGCUGAUCUAGGCGGCGCACCAUCUCAAUCCCAACCUCAACCUUCGUCGAGCUCACUCCCCACUGGCGGCGCCCAGAACCCAAUCGAUCUGGAUGCCGAAGAGCAUAUCUCUGAUGACAAUGAUCCCGAGGUCACCGGAUUCAGAAAGCGAACACAGGGCACUGCACCAUCUAGGCCUGCAGGCGAUCUUGAAGAUGACGAGGCUAUGGCGAGACGAUUACAAGAGGAAAUGUAUGGUGAGGCAGGAGUGGAGGACGGUAUUAGAGCUCCUAUUGCUCGACAAGCAGAGACCUUGGUCGGGCCCGGUGCAGGUGUGCUACCCACGGUGGGUCCAGAGUUUGAUGCUGCAAUCGAAGCGCGUAUGCGUGAUUUACACCGGAGACGAAACCAAGUUCGCCCAGGAAUUUUCAACCAACAGGAACCUCCCUCGAGCAUCUGGGAUAGAGAUGUCAGAGAGGCCGAGGCCGGUCGUGGCUAUCUCGCAGAAUCAACAGGAGGGGCGUCCGAGGCUUCUUCGAGGUCAACGAGACUCGCCAGACUCUUCCAGCCGCCUUGGGAGUUAAUUUUCAAAGGAGAAUGGGAAGAUGCAAGAGAUGAAGGCAAAGAACACAAGAAGUGGAUCUUGGUUGACAUUCAGGACCCUUCGAUAUUCGAUUGUCAAGCCUUGAACCGUGACCUGUGGAAAAAUGAAGGCGUUGUCGACACCAUCAAGGAAAACUUCGUCUUCAUUCAGUACAACAGAGAUGAUCCUCGAGCAAGCCAGUACGUACAAUACUACUUUCCGAACCACGAGAGUCAGGACGAAUAUCCUCAUGUUGCAAUUGUCGAUCCCAGAACAGGCGAACAAAUCAAGCUUUGGUCACGCAAGGUACCUUCGGCGCCAGAGUUUUUGAUGCAAUUGCACGAAUUUCUGGAUAGGUAUAGUUUGGAGAACAAUGCCCGUAAUCCUGUGGCCAAGCGAAAGUCGGAAACCAAGGAGAAGCCCGUUGACCAACUCAGCGAAGAAGAACAAUUCGAGAGAGCAUUGCAAGCAAGCCUCGCCACCUCACAUGACCAGGAGCGAUCGAAAGCACUUGCGGCAGAAGAUCCCGACGAGCUGACGCGAAGUGUUGGGGACCUAAGAAACGCAGGAGGACCAUCCAUCGAUGAAGCCAUGGACGUCGAUGAGUCCAUCGCAGCAUCAAUGACAGAAGCAACACCUCAUUCACAGAUCCCUUCCGAUCGUCCUCAUGUCGAACCUCCUGCUGGACCAGGUGUCACACGACUGCAGAUCAGACAUCCUGGUGGUAGAAUUGUUCGGCGGUUUGCUCAGGACGAUCCUGUUCAGCGAAUCUAUGAAUUCCUGAAAGCAGAACCCUUGGAGGGCAAGGAAGGAAUGGAUUUUGAGUUGGUGUCCAUGGGCAAGAACCUCAUCGACUCACGACACGAGUCGAUCGAGGCAGCUGGACUGAAGAACGGGACUGUGAUGGUGGAGUUUGUGGAGUAAUGGUGCUUGAUGGUUGGGCCGUUCUCGAGAUCUCGUCCCAUCGGCCAUAUGCACCCUAAGGCGUUGCCGAAAAUGAGCUGAUUUGACGAUACCAAGGGACUUACGUAGCCUAAUAUGGGCGGUAUGGCGCAGUUCAUGGUUGCACACAGGGCUGCACGUAGGACUGCAUGAAAUGAUGAAGACGGGCGGUCCUGCCUGUUUCCAAAGAUCCAACGCAAA